CCGCCCCCCGCCGCCCGCGGAGGCCCUGCGCCGCGCGCCAUCCUCGGCUCCUGCAGUGUCUAGAUAGAGAAGACCGGAAGCAUGUCGGAGUUUUGGCUAAUUUCUGCCCCCGGAGAUAAGGAAAAUUUACAAGCUCUGGAGAGGAUGAAUACUGUCACUUCCAAGUCGAACCUGUCUUACAAUACCAAGUUUGCCAUUCCAGACUUCAAGGUGGGGACCUUGGACUCCCUUGUUGGUCUCUCUGAUGAGCUGGGCAAACUCGAUAACUUUGCUGAAAGCCUCAUAAAGAGAAUGGCCCAGAGUGUGGUAGAAGUAAUGGAAGAUGCAAAAGGAAAAGUUCAGGAGAACCUCCUGGCCAAUGGAGUUGACUUGACCUCCUUCGUGACGCACUUUGAGUGGGACAUGGCCAAGUACCCUGCAAAGCAGCCGCUGGUGACCGUGGUGGACACGCUAACAAAGCAGCUGACACAAAUUGAGACGGACCUGAAGUCCCGAACCGCCACGUACAACACACUCAAGAUUAACCUGGAGAACCUGGAGAAGAAGUCUAUGGGCAAUCUCUUCACCCGGACAUUGAGCGACAUCGUGAACAAAGACGAUUUUGUGUUGGAUUCAGAAUAUCUCAUCACACUUUUGGUCAUUGUUCCCAAACCAAGCUACACACAGUGGCAGAGAACUUACGAAUCCCUGUCGGACAUGGUGGUGCCUCGGUCGACCAAACUGAUUGCUGAGGACCAUGAGGGCGGCCUCUUCACCGUGACCCUGUUUCGAAGAGUGAUCGACGAUUUCAAGGCCAAGGCCAAGGAGAACAAGUUCAUGGUCCGUGAAUUUUACUUUGACGAGAAAGAGAUGAACAGGGAGAGGGAGGAGAUGACCAGACUGCUGUCUGAUAAGAAGCAACAGUAUGGCCCCCUGCUGCGCUGGCUCAAGGUGAACUUCAGUGAAGCCUCCAUCGCCUGGGUCCACAUAAAGGCCUUGCGAGUGUUCGUGGAGUCCGUGCUCAGGUCCCUUCCUCCUGCACCCCUUCUCAUCACCAGCGCCAGACCCCUGGGGCAGCUGGGACCCUUCCCCAACUCCAGGCACCUCACAGUGACCUCUGCUCAUUCCCCUGGCUUUCAAUCUUGUCUCUGCCACCGGCCCUCCGUCACCCUCCAGACAGCAGUGGUUUGGACAAGAUGCAGACCCUCUACCUGGGGUCCUGAAAUGUGUGUUCCAACUGGAGUGUUCUAGCCACCUCUAGAGAGGCCCAGAUGGACUCUAUUUGCGGCAGAGAGCGGUGGUCCCCAAGGCCCCGUCUCUCAGGAUGCCUGUCUGCUAGAGGUAGCAAUGUACCUCAUUAGUGUCCAGCUUCAGCUCCUAAAAGUAUUCCCCCCCAAAAGCAUGUAUGAAAAGAGUGUUUCUCAUUUGUAGCAUUUCUGCCGUCACGGUUUCUCUAGCACACAGAGGGCAUACAUGAGCACUAAACAAUUCACUGUGGGCCUGUCUGGAUAGGACAGGCUGGAUGAACAAUCUGGAGGAGAAAACAACGGGACUGACAGUUCCGGGGGGACA